AAUAGAAAAUCUGGCAACCUCGCAUUGUUGACCGGUUGUGGCAGAAAUAGUUACCGGCAGUUUUUUAGUUAAAUAAUAAAAUUUCAUUUAGAGGCAAAAUGUUUUCGUAUAUUGCAUAUUUUUGUCUAUUUCUCACUCUUUCAAAUGCAAGUUUAGUACGAUCGAAAGAAUCAUCGGUGGAACCAUUACACGAAGAUAAUUGGGAUCGGAUGUUGACAGGCGAAUGGAUGGUGGAAUUCUAUGCACCCUGGUGUCCGGCGUGUAAGUCCCUUGAACCAGUUUGGGAGGAAUUGGCGUUAAGAAAAAAGGAUCUCAAUAUUAACGUGGGUAAAGUUGACGUCACUUAUGCACCAGGACUCAGUGGACGUUUUAUGGUGACCGCCCUUCCGACAAUCUAUCACGUUAAAGAUGGAAUAUUUCGUCAAUACAAAAGUCCCAGGGACAGGGAUUCCUUAAUCAAAUUUGUAGCUGAUAAAACUUGGAAGAAAGUUGAACCGAUUUCAAGUUGGAAGAGUCCUACUUCGAUUCAAAUGUCAGUUAUUAGCCAAUUUUUCCGCAUGUCUCAAGUUUUGAGAGGAAUUCACAACAAAUUAAUGGAAGAUUUUGGAAUGCCGACCUGGGGAACUUAUUUGAUUUUCGCAAUCGCUACAAUUGUUUUGGGCGCUGUUAUUGGACUCAUAAUUGUGUGCCUUAUUGACUUUCUUUAUCCGCCGAAAGACGUGCAAACACAAGCGAAAAAGAAAACAAAGGAUGGCUCUGGUGACAGUUCACAAGGAAAGUCGUCUGGCGAUGAGGAUCUGGUGAAAAAUGUCAAAGACGAUCUUGUAGAUGAAGAAGGCAGUGAAUCAGAAAAAUCCGAGGAAGAUAAGGCCACACAAACAAGCACAAGUAGUCCCAAUGUUCGUAAACGUAAACCAAGAAAAGCUGAUUAAAUUUUUAGUUCAUAAAAAUUUUAAUUGCUCUGAUCGGGUUUAAUGUGUUGAAUUAUUACAAUCACUAAAAAAUAGUGAGACAUGAAAAUUUGAGCAGAGACAAUAUUCAAGCACAAACUCUUCAAAGAUAUCAAACAAUUUUUUUCAGUUCACUUUCAAUGUCGUUCGACAAUCGUUUUUUUUUGUCUAAUUAAAAAGACUGGAUAGCAUUUAAAUUUUCUUUUUUUUUUUUUGUUGAGUAGAUUCAUUUCUAGUUACUGAAUUUUUUAUUUUAGGUAACAUUUUAGAAGUUUUGUACAAAAAUCCAACUUAAUUUAGAGAAAUCUUUUGGGUUUUUUUAAUUUGUUUUUGUUUUGGGAAAAGGUCUUUCUUUUAAAUCUAAAAGUAGUGCCUUAAGAUUUUCUUUCGUUUAUUAUUAAUUUAUUUCUGUAAAAGUUUUUAAGAAAAAAAAAAAGAUUUUAUUCAUUAAAAACAAAUUUACAGAGUUUAAAUAAUAAUAUUCAAAAUUAAUGAAAACUUAUGUUUUCAUUCUACAAAUUGAGAUUUUAAGAUGAAGUUAAUGAUACGUGAUUUUCCAUAAUGCACUUUUGAGAUUUUGAAUAACUCAAAUCUGUGAUUAUUCAUUGAAAUGGGAAACAAUUUUUUUAAAAGAAAAAAGGUUUUAAAAAAUAUGACUUUAAAAUUACUAAUAUUGUUUUUAAUACAAUUUUUCAAAAUAAUUAAUAAUAUUUAGUGUUUUGUGUAAAUAAACGUUUGUACACUUGUACAAUAAUCAUUUUUGGAUAACAAGCCUAAAAAGAAAUAAUUCGUAAACUAAAAUUUUUUGAAUUUUACAAACUAAAUAUUUUACUCUCGAUUAUUAAUGUUUGUUUAUUAAGCGUGUGUCAGAUUAUUAAUUAAGUCUUCCGCAAUUUCUGUUCGCACAAUUAAUUAAGCUUGAAUGUCUCGAAAGAUUUGUGAUUGGCUCAGUAGAAAAUUUUUUUUCAACGAAAGAAACAAAUUUUUAUCUCAGGGAACAAAUAUGCAUGUAAAUGUAAGGUAAUUUGUAAGUAAAGGUAAAUUUAUUUAUCCAGAUUUUACAUACAGGUUUAUAUAUAAAAAAUAUUGCGAAGAAUUUUUUACAAAGGAUACAAAAAAAAUAGGUUUUUUAAUUUUACAAAAAGAAAAUAGACGUAACAAGAUUAUGGAAGGCUGUAAAUUUUAAUUUUAUACUGAGUUAAUCACACGUUUAUUUUGUUUAUCGACGAUCAUGUUCCUUCUGUGACAUUCCUAUUUUUCAAUUUACUUAUUUAUUUUAGCAAUCUAAUGAUACUUACAGAAUGUAAAAUAACAUUUUGUGCGCAGAGUGAUAAUAAACCAUGUAAUGCAGACUUCCUAAUAAUUAAAAGUGUCUUUUUCAUCACAGUAUUAA